AUGCCGCAACCAUAUGUUCUGGUCGCUGCUUGUCAAAACGCAGCUCAUCAGCCACCUGCACCAGUUGUUCCAUCUGCAGUGCCACAAGUACACAUGCCAGAGCCAUCUAUACCUCCGAACAAUCAAGACCCCGCGAUGCCUGUUGUAACUGGUCGACAAGAUCCCGUUGUUCCUCCACCCCCUGUUAUGACUAACGUACACCCCAAACGAGACACAGCUUUUCCUCCUCCUAUCAUAAAUGACACGCAUUACGUGUCUCAAUCACAACCCACUGCGCGCGCGCCCGAGCCACACGUAGACAAUCGCCGGGCAACUCCAGGCCCUGUCAUCCCUGAUAUGACCAGUCGACGAGGAGAUCCGGUUGUUUCUCCCCCCGUCAUAACUGACGCACAGCGUGCAGCUAACUCGUUAUCUCGCCCAAGAAUCACCGACUUCUACCAGCCGGCUGAUCGCCCUAUUUCUAUGCCUGAGCCUUAUUUGAGUGAUGUACCAUUUAGGCACCAACGGUCCUUCCCAUACGAAUGGCAACAUGGAGAAAAUCCCCUCCUAGAGACCUAUGGGAAACUACCCCAUAACGUCAAGUUUUAUAGGAACUCCCAAAGCUUGAACGUCGAACACAUGGAAAACAUGCUGGCUCAACCAGCAGGUCCGAUAUCGCGUCUAGGAAACCUAUUUGGCUCUAGUAGUGAGCGCAAGGGUAAAUCGGACUCUUUCGCACUUUCAGCGCUUCGAGGAGCGAUAGCGAAUCUGGCGGUCGACAUCAUUGGUUCCAAUGCCAUGACAUUAUUCGUUAUAUCACCAGCUGCAGCCGUGCCCCAUGGGAUAAACCCAUACACUGGAAGUGGAGCCCCACUGCAAGUUAUGCCAGUUCCCGAUCGCGGACCAACCGUCAAGGUUUUGACCACAGGGAAUAUCUGUGGGUCUUUCCUUCCUCAGGAACUCAUGUCCGUUCCGGACAACAUAGCUGUUACACUCAUGUCUGUUGUUCACGGUGACAUCAAAGCGGAUCCUUACUUUAUCAUAGUUCAAUAUCGCCAUCAGCCCAGACGGCAGGCCACUGCUUUCCAACUUCGGUUCUACAAGACGUCUCUUCUCAUGUCGAUCACUGUGCUCUGA